AUGUGGGGCGCUUUGCUGCGGCGCGGGGGCCACGGCGCCGGCGGCCUGCGGGGUCUGGCAUCAGGCGCCCCACCUUGGAGCGAGGUGGUGUCGGAGGCCGAGAAGAUCGUGGGGUACCCGACGUCCUUCAUGAGCCUGAGGUGCCUGCUGAGCGACGAACUCAGCAACAUCGCCAUGCAGGUCCGCAAGCUGGUGGGCACCAAGCACCCGCUGCUCGACACUGCCCGGGGUUUUGUGUAUGACAGUCGGAAUAAUCUGCAGAUGCGAGGCUUGGUCGUCCUGCUCAUUUCCAAAGCUGCUGGACCCAGCACAGCAGAACUCUCCUUCCAGCACAACAUGGUCAGUGGAAUUUAUUCCAGUCAAAGAAGCCUGGCUGAGAUUACAGAGCUGAUCCACACAGCCUUUCUGGUGCACCGUGGCAUAGUGAACAUUGGGGAGCUCAAGCCCUGCGAUGGCCCUCUGAAGGAUAUGCAGUUUGGGAAUAAAAUGGCUGUUUUGAGUGGAGACUUUCUUCUAGCAAAUGCUUGCACAAGCCUUGCUCAGCUGCAGAAUACCAAGGUUGUGGAGCUCAUUUCAAGUGCUAUUGGUGACUUAGUUCAAGGUAUAUAUUACGAAAACUCAAAAUCAUCUGAGAACUGUCUUACAGAUGAUAUCAGUAUAUCUACAUGGAAGGAGCAGGUUUUCCUGUCACAUAGUGCCUUGCUGGCAAAGAGCUGCCAGGCUGCAAUGGAGCUAGCAAAGCACAGUGCUGAGAUUCAGGACAUGGCAUUCCAGUAUGGAAAGCACAUGUCCAUGAGUCAUAAGCUGCAUUCAGACCUCCAGCCAUUUGUUAAAGAAAGUUCUAGUGACACUAUGGCCUUCAGUUUGAAUUCUGCUCCUGCAGUCCUCCAUCAGGAAUUCCUUGGAAGGGAAGCAUGGAUUAAACAGAUCCAAGAGGCCCAAGGAAAAGGAAAUAUAAUGGACUACAAGAAGCUGUGGGAAGCCAUCAAGGCUGGCAAAGGUGUGACUUCUGCCAUCGACCUCUGCUGCUGCCACGGAAACAGAGCGCUGGCAGCCCUGGACUGCUUCCCUCCCUCAGAGGCUAGGACUGCCUUGGCCAACAUUGUCUAUGCUGUGACCAGGUUCCCCUGACCUGCUGUCCCCCUGGGGGUGAUC